GAAAACAUUCAGUUAGUUGCUUUUAGGUGAACAUUGGUUAAAGUUUAACUUAUUACUGUUCCGUUUGUUUAUAUUCAAACUUCAUGAGAAGUCCAGUGUAAUGUUAUUGUAUCGUUUUUUUAACACCAUUUUUCUGUUCUAAACCGUGAUCUCAUUUGGACUAUUUAUUUGUUAAAUCAAUAUCAAGAGUCUGAAACCUUUUUAUCAUUUGUUUAUAUGUCGUCGAAUAAUAAUCUCGUUCAAUCCGAGUUUCGGUACGACGACGGUAAAAGUCCAUUAGCUUUAUUGGCUGAAACAUGUCGUAAUAUUGGUGUUGACAAGACAACUAGUAAAUUAAUCAAAUCAUCCGUUGAUCAUACCAAAUCAUUUUCAUCAAAAUCCUCAACUUCACCAUCAUCUUCUUCAUCCAUUGAAUCUACUAGGAAAAGCAAUGACUCUUGUCGCUUGUCUGUUUCACCUUUAAGAAAUGGAUCAGAUAAACAAUCAUCUUUAUCCGUUUCAUCAAAUAGCCGUAUCAGUGCCAAUUCAGUGCCUGAUAAUCGUGAACCAACAAAGUUCUCUUUCAAGCCUUAUGAAGAUCACGUUACCAAUAAAAAGACGAAUACUGAAGACUCUAGAAGUCAUUCAGCAUUCAACCACAACUACCCACAGCAGGUACAAAGCUCAAGAUCACCUCUAAAUAGUGAUAAUUACAAAAAUAACAAGGAUAACAGUAAUAGUGUGAAUGGUUCAAAAACAUCUGAAUCUGUUUCUUCAAAACGAGAAAGUGAAACUAAUGGAGGAAGCCCACCAACAAGCCACAGCAAUGGUUACGAGGAAAAAAAUAAAAAGAUUCGUUCUUCAUCAUCUUCUACACCUUCCUUGUCAAACAAUUCAUCAACGGUACCAAAAUCAUCAUCAUCUUCAUCAUCUUCUUCCUCUUCUGCAACGACAACUUCAACAUCAACAUCCGUCACUCAUCAAACUAACUCUUCAUCAUCCAAAUUACAUCAGUUAACUGUAGAUAAUGUUAAUAAAUUUGUACCAUAUUCAUCGCUUUCACCCUACUUGGGCCUUCCUCAUCAUCCUCAGCUUUCAGCUCAUGAUCCAGCAGCCGCUGCUCGAUUGAAUGCUGCUGCUGCUGCCGUGGCUGGCUACUGCCAUUCACCAAGCGUAUGUCGUGAUCCUUUUUGUCCAGGCUGUAGAUUCAAUGCUGCGUCUAAUGUCCUCGGACAGGUAUCAGCAUGUGCCGCUGGUUGUACUCAGUGUUCACAUGCUUCUCCCUCAAUGGCAUCAUCAAUCAAUUUAGCAGCUGCACUGCAAGCAAACUCACCAUACCUGGCCGGUAAUGCAUUUUAUCCAUUACUACCUGCACCUCAUCACCCUUCUAACCCUAAUAACCAACCAUCAAAUCCCUCAAGUGUGACCCAACCUGGAAAUAGUUUCAAUGGUAAAAGAUUUCCAACCGCUGAAGAAGCUCAUCAACAUCUUCGCAAUCACGCUUCUUCUGAUCCAUCGGUUGCUGCUCUUGCCUUUCUUGGUCAAUAUCCUCAUCUUUAUCCCAUGUUAACUAAUCCUAUUGCUGGCUUAAGAAGGACAAAUUUCGAUCCGAUUAACCGAUAUCAUCCUUACAAGCCUUUUCCAAACUCACCAAAUGGAUUAACCAGCGGAUUACCUCAUCUUCCCUCAGCACAUUCAGUAUCACCCAGAUCUCAAAUGAACUUGAGUUAUCCCCCUCAAGGACCCUAUGCAGGGCGCUUGGGUCCACCAAUUCCGCCUUAAUAACAAUCAUAAUCACUGUCAUCAUCCUCAUCCUCAUCAUCACCAUCAUCAUCAACACUAAAUAAAUGUUAAACUUAAAUUCUUAAUAACCUAUUAAUAAAGUCAAACUUAAACUCGAA